GCGACUGAAGACACGGGUGCUGCUGCUGCUGCUUGUGCUGCUGCUGCCGCUGAUGAUGAUGAUGCUGCUGCCGCUGUAGCUGCUGUAGCUGCUGGAGUGGAGGGACCAAGCAUGAUCGCCUCACAUCAGAUGAUCAUGCUCCACUGCACAGACCUGAGUCGAGUUGCUGGGGGCAGACACACACAGAGGCCAGUGACAACAGAUAGAGAUGUCUUCUGCUGUCGAUAAAACCAGGGAGCAAAGGCCCAUCUGGUCCCUGAAGGGUCCAAAACAAGGCAGCGAUGGCGAAGAGGGAUUACCUGGUAGAGGCGGCCAAGCAGAUCCGCAUGGCCCUGGACAGCGAGGUCAACGAGGACUAUGAGGCUGCUUUCAGUUACUACAAGAACGGAGUGGACCUGCUUCUGAAUGGAGUUCAGUUGGAUCCCAACAAGGAGCGUAGGGAGGCAGUGAAGAGGAAAACAACCCAGUAUCUGAAGAGAGCUGAGGAAAUCUUCAUCACACAUUUGCAGGACAACCUCGGAAAAGGAAGCUCUCAUUUGGGGGGUUAUAGCAGUCUAAGGUUUCGUCCAAUCAGACACUUGAGUUCGCCUGUGGAGGACCUGGAGAUGUGUAAAGUGGUGGGAGUGACUGAUAAGGUCCUGAUCGUCCAAAGUAUGGUCAACAAGGAGACUUUUGUUGUAAAGAGUCUGGUAAAGUCAAGCUGGGAGAGCAGGGACCAGCCAACCAUCAUCCCUCAGGGGGUGCCAUACAUGGUGAAGCUGCUGAGGUAUUAUGUCAGCGAGGAUGCUGUGUACCUGCAUCUGGAGCAUGUCAAAGGUGGGAGGCUUUUCUCCAGGCUACACAAGCUGAGAAACGAGAAAGCCAAGGAACACCCAGAAUGCUUCACUUCCGGUCAGCCUAGCAUCAAGAUGAAGACCAGCUACACCUCGCCCACAAUCAGCACAGACUACCAGCACAACACCAGGGGGAGCACAGGAGUCAAGUUCAGCGACGAGAGUGCGGAUACGGACUUCCCCACUUCAUGGGAUGAGACUCAGCAGCGUGUAGAGAGCUGUGGGACUCACUCCUACAUCGAGGAGACAGGCUGUCUGCAGAACAAACGCUCAGCAGCGUCAUUUUACACCAAGCUCGAACGGCUUACUCUGCAUUCUGGCGCCACAAAAACGCAGGUCGACACCCGCAUCCAUCCACCAGCUCCCAGUUUGUGUUUGCACUCCAGUGAAACUCAGGAACAACUCGCUCUUCCUCUGUCCUGCACUCGUGUCAGUCAGGCCCUCGAUGUCAUGUCAGGACUGUACGCGAAGAACGCCGGGAUGGGGCUGACGGAGUGCAGCUCUGAGUUUGAAGUGGCUUGGAAAGCUGCUGAUCCAGCACAAAACUGUGAGAAAAGAAACCCCUAUGCAGUGACUGACAGUCAUUCUCAUAGCAUACUAGGACCAACUUCACCUCAUACCAACCAAACCUCAUUUAUAAAAGCAGGCUCACAGAACAGUGAAUAUAAUGGUUUGAGUUCCUCGCCUGCCAUUCUGCAUCUUCCUCUCCAUUGCCAAACCCAGAUCCGUGGCAGGGCAUCAUGGGAUACUAAUGAAGGGCCUGUUUUGACUGCUGGCUCCACAGAAAUGCUCACAGACUCAAAGCAGGACAGCAGCCCAACAAACGAGGAAACAAAUGGAAUGGUGGUCAUCAGGAGCACGGACAGAGCAGUAUUUUCUGAACACACAGACUCACAGGUCGCUGUAGAAAGCUCCUGGACUUCUUCUGCCUCUCUCUGCCACAGCUUUGCAGCAAAGCAGGGGACAAUCUCAGGGGAACAGUACAAAGGGGGAUCAUGUUCAAGCGAGGGUGUGGUAGAAGCCUGCGAGUUGAGUCCGAUGGAGAAGGUACCACCUGCAAAAGAGAGAUCAUUUGUGAGCUGGUUCUCCUCAGGUCCUCCUGUAGCCCCACCGAACAGGAAGUCAGAGGAUGUUCUCCUUAAAUCAGAGGGGUCAGUAGUUCAGGGGGAAGACCAGAUCAUAGAGGUGGAUGGGUGGUGCCACCUGCCCCGGUUUCCUGUCAAGACCUCUCCGUCAGCAGAUAAGACCAUGCAGACCUGCUGGGGGCUUCCUGAGGGAGAGGUGCGUGUCUGGGGGGCACAGAUCCUUUUGGCUUUGGAGAGUCUGCAUCAGCAAGGCAUCCUUUGUCGGGACCUCAACCCUAGAAACGUUCUGCUCACAAGUAAUGGAAAGGUGUGUUUGACUUUUUUCGGCCAGUGGAGCGAGGUGCAGUCAGAGAUUUGCUCCAAAGCCAUGGACCAGAUGUACUGUGCUCCAGAGAUUGGUGGUGUAUCCAGGGUUACAGAAGCGUGUGAUUGGUGGAGUCUGGGUGCUUUGUUGUUUGAACUUCUGACAGGAAUGCCACUCUGGCAGCUCCAUCCAGCAGGAAUCCACUCCCACACCCAGCUGCUCAUCCCCGACCACCUGAGCACUGCGGCUGCCUCUCUGCUCACUGAGCUGCUUCAGUUUGAUGCUGGCUAUCGUUUGGGUUCUGGAGGUGGAGGUGUCAGUGAUAUCAAGUGUCAUCCCUUCUUCAGCGCCGUCUCCUGGAAAGCUCUGAGCUGCUAGCAGGAGCAGCUGCGGCUCCUCUGAUCGCUCUGUCCUGCUUGUGAACUGAACAAAGCCUCAUCCUCAUGUGGCAGAAUGGAUGCAUCAGCAGGUCCUGGUUUCUUCAGACUUUUGUGCUUCCCAAAAUAAAAUGACAAAAUCAAUUGGAACAGAACAAAAAUGAAAAAACGAUGAACAGUGCCCCUUCCAAAACGUAAAAGAGAGGGAUUUAUUCGAACUUCUGAGACUUAAUAGGAAUUUAAUGUACCUUUGAUGCAAUUUUGAUACAUUUUCAUUUUACUGUAUACAUGUAUUUUACCUCCUUCAUGAACAUGCAUGAAUAACUGACACCGAUUCAAGACUCAAUUCUGAUUAUUACAAAUGUGGGACGAUCUCCAAUUGAGCAUUGUACAAAAACAAAUAUAUGAGGCAAUAAAUUGUUACAGCUUCUCAA